AUUCUUCUGAUUGCAGUGAGAAUGCAGGCUUGCAGGACUUUUAGCACAGACCCCAAGAAAGGAGCUGUUAUUCUGGGUACUAGACUGCCUCAUAUAGUACUGAGAGAUUGAUUUGUACGAGUGAGAGGGAAAGAGAUUGAUAGAGAUUGGCUUUUGUUGAUGGAUGAAAUCAAAGAGCACAAGGAAGUGUCAAGUGAGACAGAGAAACGUAGCAGCAGCGUCUUUAACUAAUUGACAAGAAACCAGGAUCGCUUGCUUGUGAAGCAAAAUCUCUCCAGCAACACAAAGAUAGUAGGAGAAAUCCAAGAAAAGAGAUCAUCAGCAUCUGGCUUGCUUUUAGGGAAAUGGAAAUUAGUUUGGCUUGCUUUUCUCGCCUUCUUAUAUCCCAGCAAUCAUGCAUUCUUCCUAAAGUGGAUUGAUCACCAAAUCUCUCUCUCUCUCUCUCUCUAAUUGCCAAUCGGCAUCAUCACUUUGAGCUUUGAAGAUGAAGGGAAGAAUUUGUUGUUUUUUGAUAGCUCUGCAGAUGGUGAGUCGGGCAUCUGCAACAAGCAGGACUUUUCCAUCAAAUUAUAACGUUGGUGCUCAUCAACCAGGGCCAGUCCAGAACUCAGAGUCUUCAACCGUUACCUUGAGCGCAGCAGAGGGUUUCAAAAGCGAGAAAGCAAGGAUAAAUGAAGAAGUAAUUUACAAAGGCGCUAGCAAAAUAGGGUCAAUUCCACCGAGCUGCGAGCACAAGUGUCGUGGAUGUAUUCCUUGUGACGCCAUUCAAGUACCCACCACAAGCAGACACAGCAAUGUGGGCAUCCAGUUUGCAAACUAUGAGCCUGAGGGUUGGAAAUGCAAAUGUGGUCCUUUCUUUUACAGCCCAUGAAGUCCGCCAUGAGGAAGAAUUCCAUUAACAUUAACAUCUACUGUCAUUGUACAAAAGUUAUUUCUAGAUUAGCUCAGGAGAAUCUUCGCCGGAACAACGAUUAAAGUAGAAGAGAUAAAGAGAAUGUGUUUUACUCAAGUAUCGGAGAAUGUGAAUUUUUGAGCAUUACAGUUGAGUGGAUGGUAAUGCUUUGCUGGAGGAAUGUACUCGCGGCUUUCUUGAAAUGCCAUAUGUUUUCGAAUUUCAAUUUUCAAUACCCAUUGGGCACACUGAUACUUUGUAGAAUGUGUAAAAAUUCGAGUUUAUGAC